UCUUCCGCGGAGAUUCUGCAGUUUAGAAAGGUGAUGUUUCCGAAUACAACUACAAUAACUCUGAGCCAUUUGUGAGAGUCGGGGAGAGUGUUUAACUUGCCGGGAUUUUCUGACAUGUUUACUGGACUUGUGAGGAGAGGAAGCCUUUUGAUGACCACCUGUCAGGAGUGAGAUCUUAUUUCCCCACAUCAUCAUGUCUUCAGAGAACACCUUAGAUGAUGAGGAUACCUUCAAGAUCCUGAUUGCUACAGACAUUCACCUUGGUUACCUCGAGAAGGAUGCCAUCCGUGGCAAUGACUCUUAUAACACACUUGAUGAAAUACUGAAAUGUGCCAAGACAAAUCAGGUAGAUUUCAUCCUGCUGGGUGGUGAUUUGUUCCACGACAACAAACCGUCACGCCGAUGUCUCCACAACUGCAUCACUAUGCUUAGACGAUACUGCAUGGGAGACACGCCCAUACACUUCAACAUUCUCAGUGACCAGAAUGUCAACUUCAACACCACCGAGUUCCCCUGGGUUAACUAUCAGGAUGAAAACCUGAACAUCUCUAUUCCUGCAUUCAGCAUUCACGGUAACCAUGAUGACCCAACUGGGGCUGAAGGUUUGUGUGCGUUGGAUCUGCUAAGUGCUUCUGGUCUUGUCAAUCACUUUGGUCACUCCCAUUCAGUGGAGAAGAUAGAGAUUAGUCCCAUCCUCAUGCAGAAAGGCAAAACCAAGCUAGCCUUAUUUGGUCUCGGCUCUAUCCCAGAUGAGCGCUUGUACAGGAUGUUUGUCAACAACCAGGUCACAAUGCUUCGCCCCAAAGAAGACCAAGAUGAAUGGUUUAACCUCUUCACCAUCCACCAGAACAGGAGUAAGCACGGACCCACUAACUACAUUCCAGAGCAGUUCCUGGAUGACUUUAUCGACUUGGUAGUGUGGGGUCACGAGCAUGAGUGUUUGAUUGCGCCAACCAGAAAUGAACAACAGCUCUUCUAUGUGACACAGCCUGGAAGCUCUGUAGCCACCUCCCUGUCCCCUGGAGAGGCGACCAAGAAGCACAUAGGGCUGCUGAGGGUGAAAGGACGUAAGAUGAACCUGGAGAAGAUCCCCCUAAAGACAGUGCGUCAGUUCUUCAUCCAGGAUGUUGUGCUGGCUGACUACCAAGACCAAUUCACACCUGAUACACCCCAGGUCACAAAGAAGGUGGAGGACCUGUGCUAUGCUAAGGUCACAGAGAUGUUAGAGGAAGCUGAAAGAGAAAGACUUGGAUGUCUGCUCACCCCGGAGAAACCUCUUAUUCGCCUGAGGGUGGACUACAGUGGAGGCUUUGAGGCGUUCAACACUUCUCGCUUCAGUCAGAAGUUUGUGGAACGUGUAGCCAACCCGAAAGACAUCAUUCACUUUCUCAGACGCCGUGAGCAGAAGGAGGACAUCAAAGAUGAGGUCAACGUUGACUACGGAAAACUGUUAAAAACCACAGCAGUUGAGGGGCUGAGAGUGGAGGACCUGGUUAAACAGUACUUUGAGGCAACUGAACAGACAGUGCAGCUGUCCCUUUUGACUGAGAAAGGCAUGGGGAAGGCCAUUCAGGAGUUUGUAGACAAAGACGAGAAAGACGCCAUUGAGGAGCUGAUCACUUACCAGUUAGAGAAGACACAACGCCACCUCCAAGCCCGAGGAGUAACCACAGAGCAGGAUAUAGACGCAGAGAUCCGGCUAUUCAGAGACUCCAAAAAGAACACCACAGAGGAAGAGAAUGAAAUCAAAGAAGCUAUCAACAGAGCCAAAGCUCUCCGUUUGGAGCGUGGGGAUGAGCCUGUUGACGCUGAUCUAUCCAGAGAGCUGGCUUUGGACUCUGACGAAGACUCAGUCCCAUUUCCUCCCCCCGCACGAGGCAGAGGGCGAGGAGGCAGGGGGCGGGGUGGUCGGGGAAGGGGGAGAGGUGCAACUCCCUCUGAACCAAAGCCAGCCGGUCGGAGCCGUUCCCAGAAAUCAUCAGCAACAACCCAGAGCAGGAGCAUUAUGCAAGCAUUUCAAGCUCCAUCCCAGAGAUCAUCUCGGACUUCAACCACAACAUCUUAUGCAGAUGUAGAAAUGACCAUUGAUGACUCAGAUGAAGAUAUACCUGUAAUGAAAGCUUCCCGACCCCCUCCAAGACCAGCAUCGUCGUCAUCUUCCUUCACCAAGUACAGCUCUCAGAGCCAGAGCCAGUCAUCUAAAGGAAUUGCAUUUGAUGACAGUGAUGAUGAUGAGGAUGAUCCAUUCAAAGGCCCCAGUCGUUCACGGAGAUAACCAUAAGUGCAUUUAUUAUGUAACAGUUAAUGUUAAUUAGCAAGUGAGCUGCUGCAGUGUUGUUCUGAAGGACUUCAAGUGCAUGUUUCAGUUUUCUCAUUACUCAGUCUUCCUAAUGUUGACAAUAACUAAUUAAGUUGAUCAGCUACUGCUUCGGGUAAAACUAUACAAUCAAUCUGUUUUGGUGAAAGGGAUAGGCUAAAGGGGGACCGGGAGGAGUUGGCUUCCAGACAAGAUUUGCUGCACGUAGUCUGCGAUUCACAACCUCAUUUGUUAGCCAGCACCUGAACCUACCUACUGGUGCAGCACAUCUGCUACUGUACAUCAACACUGAUCAGAGUUGGGUGUUAUUAGGUUUUGUAGUACUCUGAUAUUCAGGAAAUUAUAAAUGUUUUUUCAUACA